CUCUCAAAUGACAGCUAUUGGUGGUGGCUCAUAACAUAUGCUGUCAGGAAACAACAAUACUGUUCCGUAAUACAGUACUUGAAGCAGCAAGUCAGUGUUGCAAUUAUUCUGACCUCAUUUUAAAGUAGACAGAAAUAAUGUUGUUAAUUAACUAGCCGCUUACCCUCGAAGACUCAGGACAUUGGAUACCCCAGAGUUUAUGGGAAACGAACAUAAGAAUGAAUCGUCUACUUUUUGUUUCUCAUCUCCUUAUCAUUCUAGCAGGCUCUGCCUGGAGCUCUGAUGAUGAAACCCGUCUGGUGAAAACCCUGUUCACUGGCUACAACAAGGUGGUGCGUCCUGUCGCUCACUUCAGGGACCCAGUGGUGGUUACAGUUGGUCUGCAGCUCAUUCAACUCAUCAGUGUGGAUGAGGUCAACCAGAUUGUCAACAGCAAUGUUAGACUGAAACAGCAAUGGAAGGAUGUGAACUUGCAAUGGAAUCCUGAGGAUUAUGGUGGAAUCAAAAAGAUAAGAGUGCCCUCCACUGACAUUUGGCGUCCUGACCUCGUUCUCUAUAACAAUGCUGAUGGUGACUUUGCCAUCGUUCACGAGACCAAAGUGCUGCUGGAGCACACUGGCAUGAUCACGUGGAACCCCCCUGCCAUAUUCAAGAGUUACUGUGAGAUCAUCGUGCUGCACUUCCCCUUUGACCUGCAGAACUGCAGCAUGAAGCUGGGUACCUGGACCUAUGAUGGCAACUUGGUUGUCGUCAAUCCCGACAGCGACCGUCCUGACCUGAGUAACUUCAUGGAGAGUGGAGAGUGGGUGAUGAAGGAUUACCGCAGCUGGAAACACUGGGUGUACUAUGCCUGCUGCCCUGACACGCCCUACCUGGACAUCACCUACCACUUCCUGAUGCUGCGGCUACCUCUCUACUUCAUCGUCAACGUCAUCAUCCCCUGCAUGCUCUUCUCCUUCCUCACUGGCCUAGUGUUCUAUCUGCCCACUGACUCUGGUGAGAAGAUGACUCUGAGUAUCUCUGUCCUGCUGUCUCUGACUGUGUUCCUGCUGGUCAUCGUUGAGCUCAUCCCCUCCACCUCCAGUGCUGUGCCUCUCAUCGGGAAGUACAUGCUCUUCACAAUGGUCUUCGUCAUUGCCUCCAUUAUCAUCACUGUCAUCGUCAUCAACACCCACCACCGCUCCCCCAGCACUCACACCAUGUCUCCCUGGGUUCGCAAGAUUUUUAUUGACACCAUUCCCAACCUCAUGUUCUUCUCAACAAUGAAGCGUCCUGCAAAGGAGAAACAGGAUAAAAGAAUCUAUGGUGCUGACUUUGACAUCUCAGACAUCUCAGGAAAGCCCACCCCUACUGCAGUCACCUACCAGUCCCCCAUGACCAAGAACCCAGAUGUACGCAGUGCUAUUGAGGGGGUUAAGUACAUUGCUGAGACCAUGAAAUCUGAUGAGGAGUCCAACAGCGCUGCUGAAGAGUGGAAGUUUGUGGCCAUGGUGCUGGAUCACAUUCUGCUGUGUGUGUUCAUGGCAGUGUGUAUCAUUGGCACACUAGGAGUGUUCGCAGGCCGUCUCAUUGAGCUCAGCAUGACGCCUUAGAGGUCUGCGGGGUGUCCUGAGUAGGGCCAGACGUUUUUAUUCACCUUAUGAACUGACCAGGUAACACUCUGGGCCCUAGUGAUUCUUGGCCCUAUGACCUUAAAGUCAAAGAUUGCUGUAUGAGGGCUGUGUUUUUGACCCUCAUACAUUAAUUAUUAUUGGGUGGUUUGCAAUUACUUCAGAUCGCUGGGUGCAUGCAUGUUUAUCCAUAUUUUCACUCAUGUGUAUUGUAGAACAGUUGAUCUACAUUAUCCAUUCUAAUCAGGUUUUUGUAAUCAAAAUAUUUGUUGUCUUUACUCAAUUUGUUUUGUUAUAUAUUUUCAUUAAUCUUUAAUACAGUAUUUAAAUAAAAUUGAUAGGCCUACUUGA